AUGGCGUGCAAUCAUAUUAACAACAUAGCAUACCUCUUGUGUGUAUUUUUAUUAGGUCACGUAAAAGGAGAAUAUGGUGAUUCUUGUAUUACCAGAGAAGACUCUUGUAAUGUUGUAAAUGGUAGUUGUUAUACAAAUAACAAUAUAUCAAAAUGUUCUUGUAAUCUGAAUUAUUAUACAGAUAACAACAUGUGUAAUUCAGUUACCGAACUAAAACCUACAGGUGUUGUAAUAGAAGGAACACCAACAUCAAGUAGUGUAACUAUAAAGUGGACAGUUCCUACAAAAGAUGCUAUACAGAGUUUUAAUAUUAAAGGAAAUGGACCGAAUAUUGAAAAAACGCAGUUGAAUAAAAAUUUUAGGGCAGUGACUAUUGCUGGACUAACACCAAAUACACAAUAUACAGAUAUAAAAGUUGAAACUGUUGUAAAAACUGACAGAAAUCCUUCUCUAAUUGUAACAUCAGAUCCACCCUUUAUCAAUUUUAUUACAUCUAAGGCUGGAUAUAGAGAAACAUGUGUUACACCAGGUACUGAUCAAUGUGAUGAUACAAAUACAGAAUGUGUAGAUAUUGGAGAUGGUAAUGGUAAUAAAUGUUACUGUAAAGAAGGUUUCUAUACAAACAACAAUCAGUGUUUUAAUGCUGCAGAAUUGAAAACCAUUAUUGCUGGUAUAAUUCCAAAGACUAACACUGCAACAGUUUCAUGGACCCUACCAUCAAAUAGUCAAUUUAUAUCCAGUAUUAGUAUAGAAGUAAAUGGUAUUAUAAAUAAAUCUAGUAUAAGUAACACUGCUACAUCUAGUGAAAUAACUGGUUUACAACCUGGUACUAUGUACAGUAUUAAAGUUAUAUCUAUAGUUAAUACUGAUAGAAAACAAAAUUAUGAAGUUAAAUCAAAGAACGUAUCAAACACAACAAAUCCUGGUAAACCUGGACCAUUAAAUUCUGAUAAUAACUAUGAUACUACUAAAGUAAUGAACAUUGGAUUUGUUAAACCAACUGGUGGAGUUGAUAAAUACAUUGUACAAAUAACAGGACCAGGUCUUAACACUACUUUUACACAAGAACCAACUACUAAUAGUAUAACACUACCAGCUAAUACAUUACAACCUGGUAGACAAUAUAAUAUCAGUAUUAUUGCUGUUUAUAACGGAAAGAAUAGUGCAGAGUUUGUAGGUGUUUUCAACACAAACUCAAGAGGGUCUGAUCCUGUUAAAGAUUUAAAUAUAACUAACAUCAAUAGUAGAAGUCUUACUGUAUCUUGGUCUUAUCCUGAUGAAGAUAUGGGUGUUCUUACUGCUUAUAUAUUAGAUGUUAAGAUUGGUAGUGAAUGUAUUCAACAAUAUAUAUAUGUUACUGAUAUUAAUAAUAAGCCAACGACUAAUAAUUGUGCAGGUGUAACACCAACAUAUAGUGUAACAGAUUUAAAAGCUGGUAUUAUACAAAUAAUAAUUGAUUUGUUACCAUAUAUCAACUACACUCUUAUAGUUACACCAUAUAAUAAUGUUAGACCAGGAUCUGUAGCUUCUAAAUCAGAACUAACAUAUAUAGAAGCUGCUGGUGAACCAAGUAAUUUGAAUGUAAUAGAAAUCAAUGCUAAGAGCUUUCUUGUGACUUGGAAUAAACCAUCUCUGAAAACAGGACCAACAACAUAUUAUUUGUAUUUAUAUGAACGGAACAAUCUGGCAAAUAACCAGGCUAGUCAAUUAGUCAAAACACAUGUUGUACAAGGUUUUGAUACUGAAGAAUAUCGAGUUAAUGAUGUAGUAAGCUACUGGUAUUAUAGAGUGGAAUUACAGGCAUCUACUGCUGCUGGAAAUAGUUCAAUUAAAAGUAUUCCAGAGUUUCAAACAUUACCAUCAGCUCCUGGUAAAGUUAAAAAUCUUGCAAUAGAAAAGAUAAAAGGCCAAUACUCAAUAGCAAAAGUGAGUUGGUCCUGCCCCAAUGACAGAGAUCGUAAUGGAGUUAUAAAGAAUUACACUUUGACUUCAACUUUAGAGUAUGCCACUAAUAUGGGAUUUAAGGGAGAAGAGGCAGCUAUAGAAUAUACAGCACCUACAGAAAGUAGGGUUUUUGUCAUUUGA